UCGAUCCGCUCUCGCAGACCACUCGGACGCUUCGUGCGCCCCCGUAAACCUCCCAAAAACACCAGAAAACCCCCUCCAGCCGGACGCAGCUCUCCCCCGACGCUCGUCGCCCGAAGAACCGCCCUCUCGCCGCCUCGUCCUCAUCGUCGAGUCCGAGUUCCCGCCCGCCUCGCCGUCCCCAGCCCGCCAGCCAAGCAGCAGACAGCACCCACUUCUUCCCUCCCUCCCCUUCCUCCUCCCUCCCUCCACCGUCACCUAAGGCCCUACAACGCCAUGUCGUCUGACGCCACCUCGCCCAAGGCCGAGGCUCCCGCCGCCUCGAGCCCGGCUCCCGCCGCCGAGGCCACCACCACCCCGGCCGCCGCUCCGGCCGCCGAGGCCAAGAAGGAGGACAACGACGAGGCCAAGCCCGCGUCCGAGUCGACCCCGGCCGCCAGCCAGUCGGGCAACAGCAGCAGCAACAACGACAAGAACUCGGGCCCGUCGCCCUCGACGUCGCUCUACGUCGGCGAGCUCGAGCCGACCGUCACCGAGGCCAUGCUCUACGAGAUCUUCUCGAUGAUUGGUCCCGUCGCGUCGAUCCGUGUCUGCCGCGACGCCGUCACCCGUCGCUCGCUCGGCUACGCCUACGUCAACUACCUCAACUCGAACGACGGCGAGCGCGCCCUCGAGCAGCUCAACUACUCGUCGAUCAAGGGCCGCCCGUGCCGCAUCAUGUGGUCGCAGCGCGACCCGUCGCUCCGCAAGACGGGCGCCGGCAACAUCUUCAUCAAGAACCUCGACGAGAACAUCGACAACAAGGCGCUCCACGACACGUUCGCCGCGUUCGGCAACAUCCUGUCGUGCAAGGUCGCCGUCGACGGCCAGGGCAACUCGCUCGGGUACGGCUUCGUCCACUACGACACGGCCGAGGCCGCUCGCGCCGCCAUCGAGGGCGUCAACGGCAUGCUCCUCAACGACAAGGUCGUCUUUGUCGGCAUCCACAUCCCCAAGCGCGAGCGCCAGGCCAAGAUUGACGAGAUCAAGGCCCGCUUCACCAACCUGUACAUCAAGAACGUCCCGCUCGAGGUCGACGAGGCCGAGUUCCGCUCGAUCUUUGAGCCGUUCGGCCAGGUCACGUCGGCCGUCGUCUCGACCGACCAGGACGGCAAGUCCAAGGGCUUCGGCUUCGUCAACUACGAGAAGCACGAGGACGCCGCCAAGGCCGUCGAGGAGCUCCACGAGAAGGACUACAAGGGCCAGCCGCUCUACGUCGCUCGCGCUCAGCGCAAGAGCGAGCGCGAGGAGGAGCUCAAGAAGUCGUACGAGCAGAAGAAGUACGAGCAGACCCUCAAGUACCAGGGCGUCAACCUGUACGUCAAGAACCUCGACGACGACAUCGACGAGGACAAGCUCAAGGCCGAGUUCGAGGCGUUCGGCCAGAUCACGUCGUGCAAGAUCAUGGUCGACGACAAGGGCGCGUCGCGUGGCUUCGGCUUCGUGUGCUUCUCGUCGCCGGACGAGGCGACCAAGGCCGUCACCGAGCUCAACGGCAAGAUGCUCGGCCAGAAGCCGCUCUACGUCGCCCUCGCCCAGCGCAAGGACGUCCGCAAGCAGCAGCUCGAGGCGCAGGUCGCGCAGCGCAACCAGAUCCGCGCCCAGCAGCUCCAGGCCGCCGGCAUCCCGGGCAUCCCGCCCUACAUGCCGGGUGCGCCCAUGCCGGGCUACUACCCGCCCGCCGGCUACCCUCAGCCUGGCGCUCGCGGCCCCAUGGGCUACCCGCAGCCCGGCCCCGGCGGCAUGCCCCGCCCGCGCUACUACGCGCCGCCCAACAUGCCGGGCAUGCCCCCGAUGGGCGGCCCGUACGGCCAGGUCCCGC